CCUCGCUUUCCAGUGAUAGUUGGCGGGAUCUCAGCAUCAGCAGCUGGUCUGGGCGGUGGACAAAGUCCAAUCCAAUUCAGCCCGUUACAUGGUACUUACGCCCAUCCAUCAAUCAAUUCCUCCCACUUCACCUAAUUUUACAACCCAUCACUUUUCCAACUACCACCCAUCCCUUAAUCCAGACAGCUACCAGUUAGACAAUCGCGAUAGUCGCGGCGGCCGCACCCUGUUCCGCAUUCGUGUUACGAGCUCGACGACACUGCAUCCAUGAUCGCAAGCCAUCCGAGUCUUCCUUAAAUCAAUCGAUAGUGCCGAUUGACCAACGUUGCGCCUUCCUUCCACGUCGCCCGCUUCUCCCGAUUCUACUGCGGGCGGCACAAUGUCAGACGCAGAGGCACCUACGUCUCCGGCGCGCGGCGAUGAGGGCAAAUCUUUCCUCUCGCAAGCGAUGACCGAAGAUGACGAUACCCGCAUGAUGGACGGAACCCCCGAGCCGGGCGAGAAGACCACGGGCCGUGGCAAGGGCAAGAACGCAGCAAAGGAAUCGGCCGGAGCGAUCACGGGAAAGAUUCGGCACCUGAAGAAAGAAGAUGGCGAGCCGCUAUGGCGCAAAGACAUUCAAUACGAUUUUCUGAAAGCCAUCUUCGAUGACGAGACAACAGUCUUCACCAACUCGUACGAGCCCGAGAAGCCUCGCCAGAACUUUGCCGAUCUCUACAUCGACACAAUGUCUCGUAGCAGCAAAACCAGCAAGGUCCUUCGCGACAAACUCCUUACCGAUCGAGCUGCAGCGAAAGGCAUGGCCAUGGUCUGUCUGCUGGUCAACAUUGGCAGAAUGAACACGACGCUCAAUUUCUUCCCCGAGAUGCGAGCCCAGCUGCGAACCUACCAUGCCAUUCCCUCUCUCCAGGCGCACCAAGACGCGCAUGCAUACAAGCAACUCCAGGAUGCUCCGAGAUUGAAAUCUAUCCUAAAGGGUGGUGCUGAGGACCGCGAAGAGCCUUCGAGCCUUAAUAAGAUCAAGGCUCAGGAAGUUCCCCGGACAAACCCUGUCAACCUCUUGUUCGUCAUCUGCCAGUCGGCUUCCAAGAUCGCCGAGUUGCACUUCCCGCCCGGACGAGAAUUCCACGAUCUAGUCAUGAAGACCAAUUUCUCCAGCAAGUCACGCGCCAGGGCAUUCCUCUGGAUCAUGUGGUUUUACCUAGAGUCUGACUUUACGGAGGAGGGCUGCGACGAGAACCCAUUUGGCCCCGGUGUGGACUAUGGUGUCGAUGUGGCCAACCAGGGCGUACCCGAAUUAGAAGAUAUGACCCCUGAAGAAGAGGCUCUCGAGAACGUUGACGAAGAGGUGGAAAUCAAGUUUGGCGAGGAGAAGCAGAAGAUGCGUGCAAAGAUUCUGGAAGCGGACCAGGCCUACCUCGCCGACAGCCAGACGAAGCGAGGUUCAAGGACUUCUCGUGUAAUGGCUGAGGAUGGGCCUGCCAUCUUGCCCCGUAUCCGCCCUUCGAAACACGAGUCUGAUAUGGAUAGCACCCGUUCGACACCACCGCCGAAAGCACUAGGACGAGGUCUUGGGGGUUCGGUCCGACGUGGCGGAGCACCUCUAAAGUACCAAAUCUUCGAAGCCUCAUCGCCAGCCGGUCCAGCCCACGGUUCAGCGGAGGGUAUUGUUGCAAGAAAGCCCCGACCGCCCACGGCGCAUCAAAUUGCGGUGGAGAGGAACCGGAAUCAGAGAGUCGAAUAUAUACUCGACCGUGGCAUAAGGAGACAACACCACAAGGCCAGGAAGUUUAGACGACAGGAUGGCGCGGUAUACCGAGCCUACAAGCGUAUCCAGCAAAUGCCGAAUCCGUUUGACGACAGCGAGGGCGAAGAUGGCCCACAGCGACAGUUGGCUUCUUCCGGCGAUAAGACCGUCGGCGCCUUCCGUCAAAAGGGUUUUGGUGGGCUCGUGCUCUUAACUACAGAGAACGACGACUUUGGCGAAGAGGCAAGCGCCUAUGCUGCAGCGUUUAGACGCACAUCACGACGGCUGGCUCGUUGGUCUGCUCACCAAGGGGAACCCCUUGGCGUUAUUCCUCCUAGGAAGCGGAAGAAGGCCGAUGGCGAGACGAACGGCCACGGUGAAGCUGGCGACAUGACCAUGGAUCUAGACACACAGAGGGCUUCGGAAGCUGCAGAUGGAUCACAAUCCCGGAUGAAUGGCGAUGUUGACGGUGACGAGACUCUCGGCGACAUCACGAUGGGAGACAUGACCAUGGACGAUGUCGACGAUGCGGACAAGACUGCUGCGCCCGACGACGACGAAGAGCUUGACGAUAUGGAUAGGUCCCUUCUCGGCCUUGCGGCUGAUGAUGCAGAGGACUCCGCCUCCGACGACGAGUAGAAACCGUCCCGAAAGACGGCCCCGUCACCCCGCUGGAAUGGCCAGCGCCGUAGUGGACGCCGGCCCACAGGUGCAUGAACCUCUGUAGCCGCCGUCGUCGUCGGGCGAUGGCCGCAAGACGGGGGGCUGUAUUGAUCUUCUUUCAUUUUUAGUUGGUCGUUUCUUAGACUUGUGGGCGUAGGAGUUGUAUACUAGCUGGAACGAUGGAACAAAUACACCAAAAAUUGGGCGCGAUGGCAAUGGGAAGGAGGGGCGGUGGAAAACAUUUCAAGACGCUCGAGUAGGAGGCUUCUUAUAGGGCGCGUCUUGGGUGGUUUCCCUGUGGCUUUUUUGUACGGGCUUUCUUUAUUUUGUCUUGCUAGUCUCCUUUUUCCCUCAGCUUCAUUCCCGUCGUGCCGCAAUAUGGCGCGCAAGUAAGUUACAAAUAGACG